GUGGUCCGGCAGCGGGAGAGAGCACAGCUCGGCGACGCGAGGCGCCACGCCCGCUAGGUCCUCCAGGUGAAUGUCCAGUGACUAGAAUCGCAGCGUAGAAUCGCGUAAUGUAGGUUAAGAGGGAGGGAGAGAGAGCGAGCAAGCGAAGAGACGAAGACGACCCUAGUCUCGAAUCAGACAGUAGCGGCUUUAUUUUUUCCGGAGCUUACGGUCUAGAAAUCAAGACUGCAACGGGAGGAGGUGGAGGGAAUUUUUGUUCUGGGUUUUUUUGGUUCUUCCUGUUCGGAGAAAUGGAAACGGCAUAGGAAAAGUUUUAUUUUUUGGUCUUGGAGAGUUUAGAUGGCUGUCAUUCCGUCACUGGACAUCAGCUGGCAGGGAAAUCACAAGCGCAAGUGCAAGCCGCUCGGGUUUAAGAAUCUCGGCAACACUUGCUACUUGAACAGCGUACUUCAGUGCCUGACUUACACUCCGCCGCUCGCGAACUAUUGCCUCCGGGGCCAACAUUCCAAGCAAUGUGAUGGAGCCAACUCUGCCUGCCCGUUUUGCAUGUUGGAGAACAGGAUUUCUCGGUCGUUCGAUAUUGAGGUGCCGGUCGAUGCCCCGCAACGGAUAUACAAAUACCUCCAGACGUUUGCGAAACAUUUUCGGGCUGGACGGCAGGAAGACGCUCACGAGCUUUUGAGAUACGCCAUAGAUGCAUGCGACAGCGCCUGUGCGCGGCUCCAGAAACGCGGUUCGAAGAGCUCCGACCAGACCGUGAUGAAGGAGAUUUUUGGAGGAUUUUUGCAGAGCCAAAUCUGGUGUUUGUCGUGCAACGCAGUGUCUAGCAAGCUGGACAGCGUCAUGGACCUCAGCCUGGACAUCGUACGAACUAAGACCUUGAAGGAAGCCAUCUGCAAUUUCUUCCAGCCGGAGGUUUUGGACGGCAACAAUAAAUAUCAGUGUGAGAAGUGUAAAAAGCUUUCAGUCGCAAGGAAGCAGCUGUCGAUAUAUCAGUCUCCUAAUGUUCUCGUCAUCCAGUUGAAGAGGUUUGAGAAUUUUCUGGGCGGCAAAAUUGAUACCCACGUAGAGUUUGAAGAAGAGCUGAAGCUUCGAAGCCACAUGUCAAAAAAUAGUCCGGAUGUGCAUCCCGAUUAUUCUCUGUAUGCUGUAGUAGUCCAUUCUGGAUUCUCGCAAUAUGGUGGGCAUUAUUAUGCUUAUGUCAAGGACCCUCGAGGACAAUGGUAUUGCUGUAACGAUUCUUUCGUUUCAGCCGCCUCCAGCGCGACUGUAUUGUCGGAGAGAGUCUAUAUACUUUUCUACGUCCGGGAUUCUUCCAAAAUUAUGAAAGACGGUCUUUCUUCCGCCUCCUCUACGCCUUCACCACCUCCAACGCCUGAUCCCGUCGUGCUCAGCCCCAAUGCUUCUUGCUCAUCGGCGAAGAAUGGCCAGCCGAAAGUUACAUUUUCAUUUGCGAAGCGAGAGAAGUCUACUGCCCUCAAGCCGAUAUCCGUAGCAGAGGAAGUAUUGAAGCUGAUUGACCCCAAAACUCCUGUAGACAAGCCGGAGAGCAAGCCGCCUGCGGCGAUAUCGUCGGCCACAAUGUCAGCUUCAAAGUCAACUCCUCUCGAAAACUCUGUAAAGUCGGCACAAGCUAAGGACACCAAGUCAUCCGAAAACGGUGUUAGCGAGGAGAUCCAACCGGCAGUCCCUCCAUCACCGCCAAGGGAAAAUGAUGCAGCACGUGCAAGCGAGUCGGCAGGUUCCAAAGUUUCCGUGCCACAGAAAAGACAAAGGGACAUUGAAGCUCGUUUGCACGAUUUUAAGGCCUCCGCAGAUUUCGAAGCGCUAAAACUAAGGCUGGAGAAUGAAGGCCGGGAAAUUUUGAAACAGUCGGGCUGGUGUGAUGAGGUUAGACGGUCCACAAAGCGAUGCCGCAGAGAUGACCCCGAGGCAAGGGACAAAAUGCGUGAAGAGCUGCGCCGUCAACUCCCUGAGUCGGUGAAGGAGCAUCUCGUGAGCCUUCUACAAAGUUUUUACAUGACUAAGAAUUUCAUAGGUGGGAGUUUUUGAGAGUCUUGGUGCUAUCCUACCGAGCUAUUAAGUUUUGUAGGGGAUAUAGAUAGAGAUCAGGACUGGAAAUGUGAGCCGAGUUAUGGAACGGUAUCUUCUUUCGAAGCUCUUUCUCUUACUUACAUCCUCUCUGGGGUCUUGAA